AUGCAGCCUCUCCCCGCUGGGCCGCGGCGGCUGCUGGCCGGCUUACUGCUGCUGGUGGUCGGCUGCGCCUGGGCUGGAGCGGCGGAGCCGCCGCCAGGCAGCAGCGCCGCGGUCUCCUCGCCGUGGUCGCCGGAGGCGGCCCCCGUGGUGGUGGCCAACCGUGGGCUGCGGGUGCCCCUCGGCCGCUCCGCCUGGCUGGACCCCGCGCGGGACCUGGUGCUGCAGGUGCAGCCGGGUGACCGCUGCCACCUCACCGUGCUGGACGAGGACCCGCUGUGGCAGCGCCCGGGCCGCCUGAGCCCCCGGCGCUUCCCCUGCGACUUCGGAGCCCGCGAGGUGCAGUACUCGCACCUGGGCGGCCGCAGCCCCGCCCGGGACCGCGUCCGUCUGCAGCUGCGCUACGACUCGCCGAGCCGCGCCCUGGUGCUGCCCCUGGUGCUGGAGGUGGAGGUGCUCUUCACCCAGCUGGAGAUCGUCACCCGCAACCUGCCUCUCACCGUGGAGCGCCUGCGGGGCACCAGCAACCCGCUGGACGCCCGCAGCCUGGAGUUCGCUUUCGAGCCGGGCCGGCAGCGCUGCCGGGUGGGGCUGCUGCCGCUGCUGGCCGGGCUGCCCCGCUACGGAGAGAUCCUCAACUACCCGCCGACCGCGGCGGGCGGGGGCGGGGAAGCGGCAGGGGGCGGCCCGAUGCCGUCCUUGAUGUGGGACUGCGAGGAGUUCCUGCGCCUGGGGCUGCGCUACCGGCACACGGCCGCCGGCGGCUCCCCGAACCGCGACCUGGUGCCGCUGGUGGCCGAGCUGCGGGAGGCGGCGGGCGGCGGGGCGCUGCUGAAGCGAGAGUACUUCCAGGUGCUGGUGCGGAUCCGCGCCGGGACGGAGAACGUGGCCCCCAAACCUAGCUUCUUAGCCAUGCUGAUGAUGGAGGUGGACCAGUUUGUGCUCACCGCCCUCACGCCUGACAUGCUGUCAGCUGAGGAUGCUGAGUCACCACCCGAUCUACUGCUCUUCAACAUCACCUCUCCCUUUGGUCCUGGCCAAGGCCACAUGGUCAGCACGGACGAUCGCAGCUUGCCUGUCACCUCUUUCAGCCAGCGGGAUGUGCGGGAGCUGCGCAUUGCCUAUCAGCCACCCGUGGAGGACUCUGAUCGGGAGCGGCUCUUUGAGCUGGAACUGGAAGUGUUGGACCCGGAGGGCGCUGCCUCAGAGCCCUUUGCCUUCGUGAUUGUGGUGAAGCCCAUGAACACGCUGGCCCCUGUGGUGACCCGCAACACUGGUCUCGUGCUCUAUGAGGGGCAGUCAAGGCCUCUUUCAGGCCCAGGUCCCAGCCCCAACCUGGUGAUCAGUGAUGAGGAUGACCUUGAGCAAGUGCGGGUGAGUGUGGUGGCAGGGCUGAGGCAUGGCCACCUCACCCUCCUGGAGGACACCCCAGGACCUGCUGCCCCUCGUAAGCACUUCACAGUGGCUGAGCUGGCAGCAGGGCGAGUCAUUUACCAGCACGACGGCAGCGAGUCUCCACUCAGUGACAACCUUGUGCUGCGGCUGGAAGAUGGUGGCUCUCGCCACCGUGUUGAGUUCCUUUUCCCCAUUACCCUGGUGCCCACUGAUGACCAGCCACCCCUACUUAAUGCUAACACAGGUCUUGCCAUGGCUGAGGGUGAAACAGUGCCCAUCACCACCCGUGCUCUUAGUGCCACUGACAUUGACUCGCAGGAUGCCAUCCUGCUCUUCACAGUGGAGUCUGGCCCCACGGCUGGGCAGCUCCUGCUCCGUCAAGCACAACCACCUCCUGGCUGGGAAGAGGAGGAAGCAGAGGAGGGCUUUUCUUGGAGGAAGGUUCCAGGUGUAGCAGGGAGCUCCCUCAUCUAUGAAAAGCCAGUGAGAGAGUGGCUGCAACAGGACAUUGUGGAAGGGCGUCUCUUUUACCACCACUUUGGGGCUCACAGCCCUGGCCCUGGGGUUGUGUUGGACCAGUUCAUCUUUAGAGUCCAGGAUGACAACGACCCACCCAACCGCUCUGGACCGCAGACUUUUGUGAUCAGGGUGCAUCCUGUAGACAGAUUAGCCCCAGAGCUCCAUAGCAGUAGCAGCCUGCAUUUAGUAGUUGCAGAGCAGCAGGUGACCCCCCUGCGGAGGAAGCACUUGUGUUACACAGAUCAGGACUCAGGGGACCGUGAACUUCGCUACACAGUAAUCCAGCCCCCCACUGACACCGACUCCAACCACCCUCCCGACGCCUACGGAGGGCGCCUUGGAUCCCUGGUGCUGACUGAGGAUCACUCUGUGGAAGUUACGCACUUCACCCAAGCCCAGAUCAACCAUCACAAGAUCUCCUACCGCCCCCCACAGCAAGAGCUGGGCGUCGCCCCUCAUUUGAUUCAGUUUCAGUAUCAAGUGCAAGAUGCGGCUGGCAAUGCAGCCAAAGGGACUUUCACCAUCUACCUGCAGCCUGUGGAUAAUCAGCCUCCUGAAAUCACUAAUACUGGCUUCACUUUGCCUGAGGGAGGCAGCCAUGUUCUUAGUCCAGCUGAGCUGGAUGCCAGUGACACAGACACUGAACUUGCCCGUCUCAGGUUUAUCCUGACUCAGGCUCCUCGGUAUGGCCAGUUGCAGCUCUCUGGGUACAGUCUGGUUCCAGGAGGUGUCUUUGGCCUGGAGGAUAUCAGACAAGGGAGGGUGGUGUAUGUGCACAGUGGAGCUGAGACCAGCAGUGAUACCUGCAGGCUUGAUGUGAGUGAUGGGGUUCAUUUUGUGCCCAUCACACUAAAAAUGAGUGUGCACCCGGUUGAUGAUGAGGUUCCUACACUACGAUUACCCCCAGGCACUCUUGGUUCCUACCUAGAUGUGCUGGAGAAUGGUGCUGCUGAAAUCACUGCUAAUGUCAUUCAGGGCACAGAUGAGGAUACAGAUGACUUUAUGUUGACCUUCAUUGUUGAGGAUCCUCCUCAGCAUGGGAGCAUCCUGGUUCAAGGGGUGCCUGCAGAGAGAUUCUCUCAGAGAGAUCUGCUGGAUGGUGCUGUGGUAUAUGCUCACACUGGUGGCGAAAUAGGCCUUCUGCCCAAGGAGGAUGCUUUCAACCUUACCUUGUCUGACCUCUCAGAGAAGUGGCGUGUCAGGGGCAAUGUUGUUCAAGGAGUUUCAGUUUUGGUGACCAUUCUUCCUGUUGACAGUCAAGCUCCAGAAAUUUUUGUGGGGGAGCAGUUCAUGGUGAUGGAAGGUGAUAAACGGGUCAUUACUCUUGCUCACCUCAGGGCUGAAGAUGUGGAUACUCCUAGUGAUGAUAUACUAUGCACAAUUGUUGCUCAGCCCACGUCUGGGUAUGUAGAGAACAUCUCUCCUGCCCCAGGAUCUGAAAAAUCCAGGGCAGGUAUAGCUAUAAGUGCUUUUACCUUGAAGGACCUCCGUCAAGGGCAUAUUUUUUAUGUCCAGAGUAUACAUAAGGGUGUAGAGCCUGUUGAAGACAGAUUUGCUUUGCGCUGUUCAGAUGGCGUUAACUUUUCCCAGAGGCAUUUCUUCCCUGUUGUUAUUGAGCCAAUCAAUGAUGAAGAGCCUGAAAUCUUCCUGCGAGAGUUUGUUGUGAUGGAAGGCAUGAGCCUGGUUAUUGAUACCCCUAUCCUCAAUGCAGUUGAUGCGGAUGUCCCUGCGGAUGAGUUAAUGUUCACAAUCACCAGGUUUCCCAGGCAUGGCCACAUUGUGAACCAGCUGGUCAAUGGAACUGUCCUAGUGGAGAGCUUCACCUUGGAUCAAAUAGCAGAGAGCUCCAACAUUCUCUACGAACAUGAUGACUCUGAGACAAGGGCGGACAGUUUUGAGGUGCAACUCACAGAUGGUAGACACACCAUUAGGAAAAUGGUACCCAUCAUGGUUAUUCCUGUAGAUGAUGAGACACCCAGAAUGGCCAUCAAUGAUGGUUUGGAGAUUGAGAUGGGGGAAACUAAAACUAUUAAUAACAGAAUAUUGAAGGCUACUGAUCUUGAUUCUGAAGACAAAACCUUGACAUACAUUGUAAGUUACGGGCCCGGACAGGGCCUCUUACAGAGAAUAAAGCCUUCAGGUGAAGUUGAAAAUAUCACCCUGGGAAUGAACUUCACCCAAGAUGAAGUGGAUAGAAAUUUGAUUCGAUAUGUGCAUUUUGGCCAACAAGGAGUUCGUGAUCUUAUCAAGUUUGAUGUGACAGAUGGAAUAAAUCCUCUCAUUGACCGCUACUUUUAUGUGACAAUAGGCAGCAUUGAUAUUGUCUUCCCAGAUGUCAUCAGCAAAGGAGUUUCUCUGAAGGAAGGAGGGAAGGUAACCCUUACUACUGAUUUGCUUAGUACCAGUGACCUGAAUAGUCCAGAUGAGAACUUAGUUUUCACCAUUACCAGACCACCUGUUCGUGGUCAUCUUGAAUGCACAGAUCAGCCUGGGGUACCCAUCUCUACUUUCACUCAACUCCUGUUAGCAGGCAAUAAAGUCUAUUACAUUCAUACUUCGGAAGACGAGGUGAAAAUGGACAGCUUUGAGUUUGAGGUGACUGAUGGCUAUAACCCUGUGUUUCGUACUUUCAGAAUUUCUAUCAGUGAUGUGGACAAUAAGAAACCUGUUGUCACAAUCCAUAACCUGGUGGUGAGUGAAAAUGAAUACAAACUGAUAACCCCAUUUGAACUGUCUGCAGAAGACAGAGACACACCUGAUGCACUGCUAAGAUUUGUCAUCACUCAAAUACCAGUUCAUGGCCAGAUCAUGUUCAAUAACUCCAAACGAGUCACCACCUUCACUAAACAAGAUCUGAAUGAAAAUCUAAUCAGCUACAAACAUGAUGGCUCAGAAUCAGUUGAGGAUAGUUUCUCUUUCACUGUUACAGAUGGCACUCAUACUGAUUUCUAUGUUUUCCCCAACACUGUGUUUGAAACAAGGAAACCUCAGACUAUGAAGAUUCGCAUAAUGGCUGUGGACAACAGUGUACCUCAAGUUGUAAUAAAUAAGGGUGCUCAGACUCUCCGUGUUCUGGCCACAGGUCACAUUGGGUUUCUGAUUACCAACAAAGUGCUCAAAGUGGAAGACAGGGACAGUUUGCAUGUUACUCUUAAGAUCAGAAUCACAGAGGGUCCACGCCAUGGCUUCCUGAUUCACCUGGGGAAAGGCAACCAUAGCAUCAGCCAGUUCACCCAAGCUGAUAUUGAUGAUAUGAAGAUAUGUUAUGUUUUACGAGGAGGUGACAAUGCCACCAGUGACAUUUUUCAUUUCUUGGUUGAAGACGGUGGAGGCAAUAAGCUGAAGAAUCAGCAUUUUCGCCUAAACUGGGCAUGGAUCUCCUUAGAAAAGGAGUAUUACUUAGUAAAUGAAGACUCCAAGUAUCUUGAUGUUGUUCUUAAACGGAGAGGUUACCUGGGAGAAACCUCUUUUAUAAGUAUUAGCACCAAAGAUGGUACUGCCAAGAAAGAUAAAGAUUUCAGAGGAAAAGCCCAGAAGCAAGUGCAGUUUAAUCCUGGUCAAACCUUAGCUACAUGGCGAGUACGAAUUUUGAGUGAUGGUGAACAUGAACAUUCUGAGUCCUUUCAAAUUGUUCUUUCUGAGCCCGUCAUGGCAAUUCUGGAAUUUCCUGCUUCAUCUACAGUGGAAAUUAUUGACCCAGGAGAUGAAUCAACAGUCUUUAUUCCUCAGUCCACCUAUACUAUUGAAGAAGAUGUUGGUGAGUUAUUUAUUCCAGUCAGAAGAAGUGGAGAUGUGAGUCAGGAGCUGAUGGUCAUCUGUUACACACAACAAGGAACAGCAUCUGGCACUGCCCCAACCUCUGUACUUUCCUACUCUGACUACAUAUCCAGGCCAGAGGAUCACAACAGCGUUCUGCGUUUUGACAAAGAUGAAAGAGAAAAAAUGUGUCGAAUCGUCAUCAUAGAUGAUUCCUUGUUUGAAGAGGCUGAGACCUUUGAUGUUUUGCUGAGCAUGCCCAUGGGUGGAAGAAUUGGUGCAGAAUUCCCAAGCACUCAAAUUACCAUUGUACCUGACAAGGAUGAUGAACCAGCAUUCUACUUUGGAAAUGAUGAAUACUACGUUGAUGAGAGUGCUGGCUAUAUUGAGGUCCGUGUCUGGAGGACUGGGACCGAUCUGUCCAAAGCUGCCUCUGUUACCGUGAGGUCUCGCAAAUCUGAGCCAGUAACUGCAGAGGCGGGAGUAGAUUAUGUAGGCAUCAGUCGUAAUUUGGAUUUUUCCCCUGGAGUCAAUAUGCAGACGUUUCGUGUGGUAAUUCUGGAUGAUCUUGGACAGCCAGUGUUAGAAGGAACAGAGAAGUUUGAGCUUGUGCUAAGGAUGCCCAUGAAUGCUGCCCUUGGAGAACCCAGCAAGACCACCAUCUUCAUUAAUGACUCAGUGUCUGAUUUGCCAAAGAUGCAGUUUAAAGAAUCUGUUUAUGUAGCCAAUGAAAAUGAUGGGCAGAUUUCUGCCAUGAUAUAUAGGAGUGGGGAUAUCCAAUACACAUCCACUGUGAGAUGCUAUACAAGACAAGGUUCAGCUCAGGUUAUGAUGGACUUUGAAGAACGUCCUAAUACUGACAGUUCCAUCAUCACAUUCCUUCCUGGUGAAACUGAGAAGCCUUGCACACUGGUGCUUAUGGAUGAUACUUUCCAUGAGGAGGAGGAGGAGCUACGCCUGGUUCUUGGCACUCCAAGAAGUGAUUCUUCCUUCGGUGCCUGUAUUGGCGAGCAAAACGAGACGCUGAUAAAGAUUCGGGAUGAUGCAGACAAGUCUAUCAUUAAGUUCGGUGAGACCAAAUUUAGUGUGAGUGAACCGAAGGACACAAGGCAAGUAGCAACUGUGAAAAUCCCAGUUCUUCGUCUGGGAGACACUUCCAAAGUUUCUGUUGUGAGAAUUCAUACAAAGGAUGGAUCUGCUACUUCUGGAGAAGACUAUCAUCCUCUAUCAGAAGAAAUUGAGUUCAAGGAGGGUGAAACACAGCACUUUGUGGAGAUUGAAGUUCUCUUUGAUGGAGUAAGGGAGAUGAGAGAAGCCUUCACUGUUCAUCUGAAGCCUGAUGAGAACAUGGUUGCAGAAAUACAGACAGCCAAGGCCAUUGUUUACAUUGAAGAAAUGAACAGCAUGGCAGAUGUCACCUUUCCCUCUGUCCCUCAAGUUGCAUCUCUGUUGAUAUAUGACGAUACUUCUAAAGCCAGAGACAGAACCAGUCCCAUUGCUGGCUAUCCUGUCAUCUGUAUCACAGCUUGUAAUCCUAAGUAUGAAGACUUUGACAAGACUGGUUCUAUAUGUGCCAGUGAGAACAUCAAUAACACUCUGACACAGUACCGGUGGCUUGUGAGUGCCCCCACUGGCCCAGAUGGCGUGACAAGCCCCAUGAAGGAGGUUGACUUCGACACCUUCUUCACUUCCUCCAAGAUGAUUACACUCGACUCCAUUUACUUUCAAGCUGGUUCUCGUGUCCAGUGUGCAGCUCGGGCUGUGAAUUCAGAUGGGAAUGAGGGUCUGGAGCUUAUGAGCCCGAUUGUCACUAUAAGCACAUCAGAAGGUCUUUGUCAGCCUCGUAUAUCAGGAGUAGUUGGAGCAGAGCCGUUCUCCGCCAAACUCCGCUACACCGGCCCAGAAGAUCCUGAAUAUGCCAACCUCAUCAAACUAACAGUCACCAUGCCACACAUUGAUGGCAUGCUGCCUGUUAUUUCUACAAGGGAGCUCUCCAACUUUGAACUGACACUUAGCCCUGAUGGAACUAGAGCUGGAAACCAUAAGUGCUCCAACCUGUUGGAUUAUACAGAAGUAAAGACCCACCAUGGUUUUUUAACUGAUGCCACCAAGAAUCCAGAUGUGAUUGGAGAGACCAUUCCCUAUCAGUACAGUCCAACAAUUAGAGGCUUCAGUACCUUGCGCUUCUACCGCAACCUGAACCUGGAAGCCUGUUUGUGGGAGUUUAUUAGCUACUAUGACAUGUCUGAGCUCCUCACAGAUUGUGGAGGCACCAUUGGGACAGAUGGACAGGUUCUCAACCUCGUGCAGUCCUAUGUCACGCUGAGAGUCCCUUUGUAUGUCUCUUAUGUUUUCCACUCUCCUGUGGGCGUCGGAGGCUGGCAGCAUUUCGACCUGCAGUCGGAGCUCCGGCUGACUUUUGUGUAUGACACUGCCAUCCUGUGGAAGGAUGGGAUCGGUAGCCCACCUGAAGCAGAGCUCCAAGGUUCCCUGUUCCCAACCAGCAUGCGCAUCAGUGAAGAGGGGCGCUUGGUUGUCAACUUCAAGACUGAAGCUCGGUUUCAUGGUCUGUUUGUUAUGUCCCAUCCUGCUUCAUCUCUAACUUCCAUGGUUAUGUCAGCUGACCACCCGGGCCUCAGCUUUAGCCUCAGCCUCAUCCGAAGUGAGCCCACCUACAACCUGCCGGUCCAGCAGUGGAGCUUCGUGUCAGACUUUGCGGUUCGAGACUAUUCAGGAAUGUACACGGUGAAGCUGAUAGCCUGCACCACUGCCCCGCAUCAGGAGUACAGCCUGCCAGUGAUCUGCAAUCCCAGAGAGCCCAUCACUUUUGACCUGGACAUCCGAUUCCAGCAGGUCAGUGACCCAGUGGCUGCUGAGUUCAGCUUGAACACCCAGAUGUUCCUCCUCUCCAAAAAGACACUGUGGCUGUCUGAUGGCUCCAUGGGCUUUGGGCAAGAAAGCGACAUUGCUUUCUCAGAAGGUGAUGUCAUAUAUGGUCGGGUGAUGGUGGAUCCAGUGCAGAAUUUGGGCGACUCCUUCUACUGUAGUAUCGAGAAGGUUUUCCUGUGCACAGGAGCUGAUGGAUAUGUACCCAAAUAUAAUCCAUCCAACACUGAAUAUGGGUGCCUUGCUGAUUCUCCAUCCCUUCUGUACAGGUUUAAGAUUGUGGACAAAGCUCAGCCAGAGACACAAGCCACAAGUUUUGGAAAUGUACUUUUUAAUGCAAAACUUGCAAUAGAUGAUCCUGAAGCAAUUCCAUUAGUUAAACAGCCAGGCUCUGAUGGAUUUAAAGUAGACUCAACUCCUCUGUUUCAGGUGUCUUUGGGUAGGGAGUGGUAUGUCCAUACAAUCUACACUGUGCGUUCCAAGGAGAACGCUAACCGUGGAAUCGGCAAAAGGAGCGUGGAGCACCAGUACCACUCGCUAUUCAGUGCUGGGAGCCCAGGAGCAUCCCCAUGGAGAAGGCAGAAGAGGGGAGUUGAGCAGGCCCCAGAGCUUGCAAGAGACAUUGGAGCAGAGAACAACCGAGGAACAAACAUACAGCACAUAGCUCUGGAUCGCACCAGCAAGAAACGGGUGCCUCAAAGGGAGGUUGCACUCAAUGGUGUUCUCCCCAGGGAACUGAGUAACCAAAGUACAGGAAUCAGCGUAGUCACAAUCAUUGGUGGAGCUGCUGCCAUUUUCCUUGCCAUCUGCUUAGUUGCAAUUAUCAUUUUGCUGCUAAAAUGGAAACGAAAUUCUGACAAGAAGGAAAGCACAAAUGAGUCAGGCAGCAAUGAACCAAUGAUGCUACCACAUAAUUACAGCAAUGACAGCUCAGAGGUUUGA